AUGGGACCUGAAGAGAAAAAUAGAGGACAUGCUGGGCCAUGGGGUCUUGAGAAACUGCAGAAGGGCCGGUGCGCCGAAACGUCCACGUCGGAUUCUUAUCCAACGGCGAUUGAGGCUUCUACCGAAGCAAAACAAACAAUCUUAUUCGUCAAAUUAGAUUGCGGGUCCCGCUUAAAGUACUUUGGUUGUGAAGUGGGCCUUACUGAUUUUGACCGGCUGGAUCGGUUGUUUCGGGACUCUAGCCCCACGUGA